AUGGCAUUCUACUCAGAAAUGCUUGCAAAGGUAAGAAACAUGUUGCAGAGUUGGAAAGGAAAACUUUUGUCCUUUGGAGGAAGGGCAGUACUCCUACAACAUGUGCUGCAGGCAAUGCCUAUGCACUUAUUGGCAGUUGUGGAUCCUCCAUCUUUUGUAAUAGACAAGUUACACAAGAUCUUUGCUCAGUUCUACUGGAGUAAUAAUAUAGGAGAGAGUGGCAGGCAUUGGGCAAAAUGGAAAAAGGUCUGUUUGCCUGUGCAGGAGGGAGGUUUGGGAUUUAGAUCACUUGGAGACAUAUCAAUGGCCUUGUUUGCUAAGUUAUGGUGGAGCUUCAAGACUAAACCAUCCUUAUGGAGUGCUUUCAUGAGCAACAAAUAUUUAAAGAAGAAUAAUUCAAUUUUUGUCCGUUGGAAACAAGAGUCUCAUUUUGAUAACUGGUCUGGUCUAGGCCCAUUAUAUUUCAUUGUCCCUCUUGAAUUUCAAUGUAAUGAAGCCAUAGAGAAUGUGUCUGAUGUAGUUACUGAUGGUAGGUGGCAUGUACCUGCCAUCAGAAAUAAUUUGCCUGAGGAUUUGGCUGAAUACAUCUUGCAUGAAGUAAAACCACCUGCUAAACCUAGAGAGAUUGACAAGCCUUGGUGGAUGUUGGAGACAAAUAGUGUUAAAUCUGCAUGGGAAUAUUUAAGGAAUAGAGGUGAAAAGAAGGAGGUGUAUAAGAAAAUUUGGGUCAAGGGACUGCCAUUCAAAAUAGCUUUUCUGAUGUGGAGAGUAUGGCAUUUCAAAAUUCCUCUUGAUGAGGUAGUAAAGAGCUGGGGAUAUCAUAUGCCUUCUAGGUGCUUUUGUUGUGUAGAACCAAAGGAAGAGACUGUUCCCCAUAUAUUCUUGAGAAGUACCACUGCACAAGCAACAUUGAAAUAUUUUUGUGCAGCAGCUGGAAUAAACGUUGAUGGUAUGCACUUGCAUCAGCUUUGGAAAAAAAGAAAUGGAGAUAAGAAUAGGGGCAAGGUGUCAACUAGCAGAGUUAUUUAUCAGGCUUCUACUGAUAUUCAGCAGUUGGUGAGAAGUAGGAAGCCUGGAAUCAAAACAACUCCACAUAGGUGGCAUGACAUUCUGAAGAUGUUGAAAAGGGAUCUGAUAUAUGCAGAGGCUAGGAGAAUGGGAGAGUGUACAAAUACUGAAUCAGAGGCUAAAGCACUUCUGCAGGCUGCAAGAUCUUGCUUGUCCAAACAUGUCUAUUCCUUCUAUCUGGAAACUGAUUCUUUACUAUUAAAUAAUAUUUUGGAUAGAGAGUGGAAGCCUCCAUGGAACAUUACAUUUGAGGUUGAGGAGCUGCUAGAUAUCAAGGACUAUGCAGAGGUACAGGUUUUGCAUAUUAUGAGAGAGGGUAACCAGUUGGCUGAUCAUCUUGCCAACUAUGCCCUUGAUCAUGGAGAGGUUACAAACUUUGUAGUGGGAACAAGGUACAACACAUCAAGAAGAUUCAUACUUUGGUUUUUCUGCAUUUCCAGGUCACAGGAGUUAUUGUUAGUUAAAGGUUACAUAAUUGCAGACAUGAGGUUGGACAAGAUUGUAGGGGCUAUUAUACACGUGUAUUAUGCUGGUAUACUCAAAUAUACUGCUGAUAUUCGUGGACUGAUGACCAAGUUGUGCAUCAAGGUUUCAAACUUGGGACACAAAUUGGUUGACAUGUAG